AUCCGCCGAGCCGCACGUCGAAAUUUUUCGCUUGCCGCCUUCGUCGACGAUGAAGAUACCCCUAGCGUUGAUAUCUACCGUAACCCCGGCUUAUUCUAUCAGAGUUACGCGGAGAUGGAGAAGAGGUUAAGGGUAUUUGUGUACGAAGAAGGGGACCCACCCUUUGUCCAUGACGGGCCGUGUAAGAAUUUGUAUACCGUGGAGGGGAGGUUUAUAUUGGAGAUGGAGUUCGGAGAAAACUUGUUCAGGACUAAAGAUCCGGACCGUGCACAUGUUUACUUCUUGCCCUACAGCGUGACUAAGAUGGUUUCUUACCUCUACAAACCCCACACUUACGAUGUUACUCCGCUCCAACAAUUCGUUUCGGGUUACUUGGAAGUAAUCUCCACCAAGUAUCCUUAUUGGAAUCGGACUCUAGGUGGUGAUCACUUCAUGCUUGCUUGUCAUGAUUGGGGCCCCGCUGCCUCAACAGGCAACCCAUAUCUCUACAACACUUCAAUCCGAGUCCUAUGCAAUGCCAAUACAUCUGAAGGAUUCAACCCUCGAAAAGACGUCAGUCUCCCGGAAAUAUACCUCUACGAUGGCAACAUCUCACCGGAGCUCCUCUCCGUACCACCGGAAGAUGACCCACGACCUUAUCUUGCAUUCUUCUCUGGAGGUGUUCAUGGUUCAAUUAGGGUCCUCCUAUUGCAACAUUGGAAGGGACAAGACAAUGACCUUCGUGUGUUUGAAUACCUUCCCAAGGAACUCAACUAUUAUAAAUCCAUGAUCGAAUCCAAUUUCUGUCUCUGCCCAAGUGGAUUUGAAGUCGCAAGCCCAAGAAUUGUUGAGGCCAUUUACGCCGAAUGUGUACCGGUGAUUAUAUCGGAAAAUUAUGUGUUGCCAUUUAGUGAUGUUCUAAGGUGGGAGUCGUUUUCAGUUCAGGUAGAUGUGUCUGAUAUUCCUAACUUGAAGAAGAUACUAAAAUCAGUCUCCGAAGAAGAGUACAAGAAGCUAAAGAAGGGUGUUAGGGCAGUGAAGAGGCAUUUUGUACUAAACCAGCCAGCCAAGCGUUAUGAUGUAUUUCAUAUGAUAUUGCACUCAAUAUGGCUUAGAAGGUUAAACGUCAGACUUAGUAGACAAUAGUUGAGAAACUAGAGAAUUGAGUCAGUCACAUAGAAAAAUCGUUUUGGCCUUAUUUAUAUUUAACUUAGUUUUGUAAAUGAAAUGAUAUAGAGAACAAAAGAGACUUUAGAGAUGUGAUAAUAUCAAUCUUUUCAUUUAUAAUGUAUAUUUUUAAGUUUUGGGCUAUGGGCCAUAUAAUUUAUGUUUAUUUUUGUCU